UCUUGCCAAUGUAAUGCUGUGCGUCGCUGGUCUAUAUAAAGAGCUCUCGCAGAAGAAACAUCUCACAGGUCCUUUGAAGAGAUUCGUUAGAGGGACAAGGAAAUCUCAUUGACACGUCCUUUGACUUCAAGGCAUCAAGUGUCUGUCAGAUUUUCGAACCGGCUUCCAACCAAGCACUUGAGAGAGAAAAGGGGGGGAAAAAAAAGAAAGGCAACAUGUACAGGAGAACCCACUCAUCCUCUUCCACCUCGUCUUCCUCUUCUCUGAAGAGGGUGAACAUCUCCACCAGCGGCCAUACUACGGGUAACAUCAAGCUCAGCACCUCGUCGAUUGAGUCAGCGUCUAAUAUGAAAAGCGAGAAGCUCACUUCUCCCAUUCACAUAGCAGAGCAUCACUCACUGAGCCACCUCAACCUGGAAACUAGUUCCAACAUCCAGCACAUCCGAGAGGAGGAAAAGGAACAGAUCAAGUUGCUCAACAACAAGUUUGUUUCCUUCAUUAACCGGGUCCGUUACCUGGAAGAAGAGAACCAGAAGCUCGAGACCAAAUGGAAACUGCUCCAGAACCAAGGCUCGUUCAGCUCCAACAUGGACCACAUGUACGGGAGCUACACCGAGUCCCUCAAGAGGCAGGUGGAGAACUUCGGACAAGACACCGUCAAGCUGACCGGUGAACUCGAUAAGAUGCAGGGGGUCAUGGGAAAUUUCAAAUUAAAGUAUGAAGAUGAGUUGAACAGGCGUGCUGGGUUUGAAAACGACUUUGUGAUCUUGAAGAAGUCUGUGGAUGACUCCUACCUGGACAAACAUCAGCUUGCAGAUAAGGUGGAGGGCUUGGAAAGUGAGAUCGAGUUCUACAGACAUGUGUACAGUGAGCAAGUGAAUGAACUGCAAGAUCAGGUCAAGGACAUUGCUGUCACUGUUGAAGUGAAUAACUCUCGCAGCCUGGACCUGGAUCAGUUGAUCGUGGACGUGAAGGCCGAGUACGCUGCCAUGGCAAGCAAGACCCGAGAGGAAGCAGAGACAAUGUACACAACCAAGUACAAUAUAUUGGCUCAGUCAGCUGGACAACACGAUACUGACAUCCGUUCCAUGAAGGCCGAGAUCACGGAUUCCACCCGGAAAAUCGGGAGAUUAACCACAGAGAUCGAAUCUCUUACGGCUCUGCGUGUCAGCUUGGAGGCAGCAGUGAUUCAGGCCGAGGAAACGGGAGAGAUGAGCCUGAAGAACUCCAAGGUGAGGGUACUUCAACUGGAAGACGAAAUCCAACAGGCCAAGCAAGCUAUGGCUUUACAAGUGCGCCAAUACCAGGAAAUGCUGAGCGUGAAGUUGGCCCUCGAUAUUGAGAUUGCCACCUACAGGAAACUCCUGGAGGGAGAGGAGUACAGGGUGGGACAUCACCAAAAAGGGAUUGUCCAUGUCAAUGCUCACUCGGCAAGAGUUCACGAAGAUAAGUUUUCAUCUCAAUCCCUGGUGUCCGAGAUUCCGUAUGUGGAGUCCCAGAAGAGGAAUGUGCUGGUGAAGACCGUUCAGUCAUCAGUGCGCUCUGUGCAAUAGUGAGCGAGCAGCUGCGGCUGAUCUCAGCUCCCUCUGCCCAGUCACUCGGCAGACGAUUCCUUUUCUGUAUCGCAGGGCUUAAAAUGUUGCUUCUAUCCUAUCGCUCGCACCCGCUCUUCCCUUCCGGCCACUGUGAGAGGCUCCACACGGGUUCAUUCCUCUCGGCAGAGUCUCCAAUCCCGCUUGAUUCCAACCCCGGGAAAAAUUGUGGGAGAAAUUUGUGGUAUGCCUUAACAUCAGUUGAAUCAACGCAGUUGUUAAUGGAGUUAAGGAUUGUCUUUAGGAUGGCCGCAAACUCCCACUAACACCCCGCCUCCCCCCCCACC